ACCUGAACGCCCCAUUCUGAUCCACCAGCUGAUGCACCAUUCAAUAUGGUGUGCAAACAACACCUACCUGGUAUAUUGGUUUCCUUACUGGGUGACAAAUGGUGCACACCCACACUUUUUAACCAAUCUGAGAAGAUUUUAAUUAGUUUCACCUGUUUCUCAAAUGGAGUUGUUAUCAAAAGUAGACGAGUCACUUCCUACACCUCCACCAUACUAUUUAUCAGGUGGUGUGUCAGAGCAAAGUGUGAGAGUCUAUCAAAUCAGCCCCUCCUUUAACCCGUCUACUUCCUUCGUGCCAUCUCUUGCAGCUCCUAAUAAUUCCUGGGGAACGAUUGUGAGCUACAAGGCUGAGAUGAGUCGUGCUCCGGCGCUGAUGACGUGCAGCUUCUGUCAAACUCAGGUCAUCACAGAGGUCACCUUCCAAGUGGGAACUUUUGCUUGGCUCAUGUGUUUCCUCUUUGUGCUUUGCGGGUUGAUUCUUGGCUGCUGCCUGAUUCCUUUCUUUGUGAACCACUUCAAGGAUGCCUGCCACAGUUGUCCUUGCUGCCAGCAUGUUCUUCAUGUUCAGAGGAGGUCAUGCUUCGAAAGAUGACACAUCACUGUGUGUCUGAGUCAAACUUUCAUAUUGGUUGUGUAGCACAAAUGUUUCUUUGAGCGAAAUUUUGAUAUUUAACAAAAUUUUAAUCAAGUUUUAAAAGGAAAGAUACUGAAUAAAUGGUUUUGUGUGA